AUGACCAUCACGCAUGAAGCUCGUUGGGUCCUAGACUCGGCACAAAAAGGCAUUUCGUCUCUCCACUACGAGGAGUCGACUGGUGUCAUAGAUCCUCCUUUAGGUGCAGAGGAUGUGCUUGUAGAAAUCCACGCCGUAUCGCUUAACUAUCGCGAUAUAGCUAUUGCAAAAGGCACAUCAAAUGCAAUCACCCUUCCAAUACCGCCAGGAGGAAUAAUCCCAGCCUCCGACGGCGCCGGCACCGUCCUCUCUAUCGGCUCAGCCGUCGCUGCAUCUGCUCCCGAAUUCAAGACCGGAACAAAGGUCAUCACGCACAUGGUUCCCUACCUAGCGGACGCUCAAAUGCCGGGAUUUGCAGACAUCGCCGCAGGGUUAGGGCAAGGCAUCAACGGCACUCUAUGUCGGCGGGGGGUGUUUCAUUAUAGCUCUUUAGUGCCUUUCGCAGGGAAACUAACUUUCGAAGAAGCGGCUACGCUCACGUGUUCCGGACUCACGGCUUGGAAUGCUGUGAUGGGGUUUCCUGGGAGGGAAGUGAAGAAGGGUGAUUGGGUUUUGGUGCAGGGGACUGGGGGUGUGAGUUUGGCUGCUUUGCAGAUCGCUGUUUCGGCGGGCGCAAAUGUGAUUGCUACGACGAGUUCAGAUGCUAAAAUGGAAAGAUUACUCGCCUUGGGAGCAAGUCACGCUCUGAACUAUAAAACGGAGCCGAACUGGGGGGUUGAAGCGAAGAAACUCACGCCAGAUGCUCGAGGCGUGGAUCACGUCGUGGAUGUUGGAGGAACGGGAACGCUUCCUCAGUCUCUUGAGGCGGUUCGUGAACAAGGUCUGAUUACGGUCGCGGGCGGAGUGGCGGGGUAUGGUGAGGGGGGACCAGCGGCGAUGAGUGCGUUGUUUAGACUUUGUGUAUUCAGAGGAGUGCUGCUUGGAUCGCGGGAUAUGUUGAGAGAUGCUGUGACAUGGUUUGAGGAAAAGGGUAUAAAACCUGCGUUGGAUGAUGUGGUGUUUGAGUUGGAAGAUGCUGUGAAGGGGUUUGAGAGGUUGGAACGGCAGGAGCAUUUCUCGAAGGUUGUUGUCAAAAUUAGGUAG